AAAGAAUCUUCAGUGAUGAGUUUUCUCUCUGCUGUUGAAUCUCGAACUGCUCAGGCUGCUUCUUCAGGAACUACUCUCUUACCACAAUUCAGGGCCCCAUCCUGGCAGACAGGUAUGCAUUCCUCAGCACCAACUGAGCUGUUUGUUACUGGACCUUUGCCAACCACUGGAACACUUCCAUCCCCUGCCCUCCCUGCUUAUCAGCAUCCUGCCACCUUCAGCAAUAGAAACUUUGCUACCACCUCACCUUUGGUGCUUCAGGAUUCAACUUUUAACACUACAUCAAAUGGAAUUUUAAGUCCUCAUGAUCCUUUGCUUCAAAUCAAGACUUCCCAGGGAACUGUUCCAACUGCUUUGACAUUUGAGCGCCUGGGCAGUUCUGCGAUAAGUAACAGCAUACCACCUCAGUCUUCAACGUACCGCUCAGCUCAAGAGUCUGCACCCCAUCUUUUACAACCUCAGUUUAGUUUGUUGCCUUCAGCACUUGGAGGAGCUCAGCAAACUCCUCAAGCCUAUGGUUCAACUCUCUUUACUAGUUCUACUGCUUCCAUUGAAAGAGCUCUUCUCCGAGAAUGUAGUGUUAUUAAACACCAUCAGCGGCCUUCAGGUACCCAGUCUAUUCAGGCACAACUGACUGGUUCACAGCAUUCCUUACACGGUUAUCUAUCAAAUGCAAGUGGGGUUAAUUUUCAGGAAACAAGCAGGCAGUCAUCUUUAUCCUGUAGCCCAAUUGGAGAGUCUACUCAGGUGAGCAAUGGAGGAUUGCAACAGAAGCCCUCCCAGGUCUCAGUGGAACUUGCUCAGUCCUAUUCAUCUGCAAUUCCAUCAUCAGGGUAUCCUCCUACUGCAAAAGUAAAAAGCUGUUCUACAAAACAACCACUAGCAUCAGCCAAGUCCCCCAAACCUCCAAGUAUAAUUCCUCCUGUGCAAACACUAAGCUAUUCCAAACCUUUACAUAACCAGAGUUCUGUAAUAUCAGGCCAAGCACAAAUUUAUUCUACAGCGCAGCUACCAAGCCUUUUAUCAGUCAGUCAGUCUCAAAAUUAUGGUUUAGUACAGCCACAUAAUGUGCCAUCUAUUGUUCAUUCACAGGUUUAUAGGUCCAGCAAAGUUGAGAAGUUGCCAUCCUUGUAUAAAACAUUGACUUUCUCUGGCUCAUCUCAGACUAUCACUUCUGAAAACUCAACACUUAAUUAUUCUUCCAAUCAGCAAGAGGUGUUAUCUUCGGUUACUAAUGAGAAUUACCCUGCUCAAUCAAGAGAUCCGUCUUCAGAUAGCCAGUCUCAGAGUUACUCAUCUGGUCAUUCUCAGGGUUUAUCACCAGUCAGCCAGACACAGGUUAGCUUUUCAUCUCAGUCACACGUUUUGCCAGUUGUUAGUCCUUCAGAAAGCUAUGCUUCAGGUCAGUCCCUGACAUUAACAGCCCCUUCUCUUUCUUAUUCUUCUGCCUCUCGGGCUCAGAAUGUGCCAGAUGCUAGUCCAACUCAGAAUUUUAUUUCUAUGCAUUCUUCCCCAAAUGCUCAGACCCAAGGGUCAUCCUCUCCCCAGUCUCAAAAGUUCUUGCCUGCUGUCCAGUCAUCAUCUUUUGCGACCUCUACUCAUUGUCAGACCUUACAGAAUAACCUACCUUCCCCUGAUCCAAAGUCUUAUGCUGAAAGAAAACUUGACUCAAAUGUUUAUACGUCUUCAAAACAAGAGGAUGAUUUUCCAAUACAAGAGUUACAGGUAUUACAGCCACAAGUAUCUCUUGAGUCAUCAACCCAAAGGCUGUCUGAGGGGGAAAUGAACGUUCCAGAGUCAGCUUAUAAGGUGUCAAAGGCAGAUGACAGAUAUUCUCAGAGCAUAAUCAGAAGUAAUUCCUGUCUUGAAGAUCAGGUGGUUGGUAUUGCUCUACAAGGGUCUAAAAAAGAAGAAAACAUAGUUGGUUCAAUGACACAACUUAACCAACAAAUUGGCCAAGUCAAUAGUUCUGCAACCCUUGAUAUUAAGAAGACAACUAAUUUAAUGCAAACUCCACAAAUACGGUUGAAUAAUAAAGACCUAAACCAGCAGCAUUCUCUUAUACAGAAGGUACAUGAAGCCAAGGUCCAGGAGCAGCAUGAUCAAAUAAUUAAUGCCUCAUCUCAGAUUCAAAUUCCAAACAAUGCUUUAGGGCAUGGCCAUCAGGCAUCUCUUCCUAAUACACAGGUCCUUUUAGAUUCUGCCUGUGAUCUACAAAUUCUUCAGCAGUCAAUACUGCAGGCAAGUUUAGGACAAAUAAAGACAUCUUUACAGGUACAGCGUGUUCAAAGUCCUCAACAGAUAGUACAUCCUUUCCUUCAAAUGGAUGGUCAUAUUAUUCGGAGCAAUGGCGAACAUUCUCAGCAGCAACUCCAUCCUCAAAAUUCUGAAAUUAUGAAAAUGGACCUUUCUGACUCUUCAAAACCAUUACAGCAACAUCUGAUAACAAAGGGCCAUUUUAAUGAAACAACUCAACAUGAUUCAAAGAAUCAUUUUGUUUCUCUGGGAUCAAUAUGUUUCCCAGAGGCAAUGCUCCUCAGUGAUGAGAGAAAUAUUUUAUCAAAUGUGGAUGAUAUCUUAGCAGCUACAGCAGCAGCUUGUGGGGUCACACCUUCUGAUUUCUCCAAGUCAACUUCAAAUGAAACCAUUCCUGCUGUUGAAGAUGGUGAUUCUAAAUCUCAUUUUCAGCAGUCAUUAGAUGUUGGGCAUGUGACAUCUGAUUUUAACUCCAUAGCAGCUACAGUAGGAAAGCCACCAAAUAUAAAUGACAUUUCCUUAAAUGGAAAUCAAGUUACUGUAAACCUUUCACCAGUACCUACUCUUCAGUCAAAGAUGACUCUUGAUCAACAGCAUGUUGAAGUACCUGGUCAAAAUAAAGCUUCUAAAGUAACUUCACCAGUAGUCGGACCAGGUCAUGAAGUCCAGGAGCAAAGUUCUGGUCCAUUCAAGAAACAGUCUGCAGCCAGUCAUGAACCUGAAGAAGACAGUGAAGUUGCUAUUGAUAGUACAUUAAGUAAUAACAGAAAUCAAGAAUUCGUUUCUAGUAGUAGAAGCAUAAGUGGAGAGAGUGCUACAUCGGAGAGCGAAUUCACUUUAGGUGGUGAUGACAGUGGUGUGUCGGUGAACUCCUCUAGGAAUACACUUGCAGUGUUGGCCAUGGCCCAGCCUGGGGAGACAGUCAGUGUCAAGAUGGAAGAGGAAAACCAAGAUUUAAUGCAUUUUAACCUCCAGAAGAAGAAAACUAAAGGAAAAGGGCACACUAAAGAGGAAGACAGCAGUCAUCAGAAACAGCUGAAAAGACCUGCCCAAGGCAAACGCCAGAAUCCAAGGGGAACAGAUAUAUAUUUACCGUAUACUCCCCCUUCCUCAGAAAGCUGCCAUGAUGGUUAUCAGCAUCAAGAAAAAAUGAGACAGAAGAUCAAAGAAGUAGAGGAAAAACAACCAGAAGUCAAAACUGGAUUUAUUGCCUCUUUCUUAGAUUUUCUGAAAUCUGGGCCCAAACAGCAGUUUUCCACUCUUGCUGUGAGAAUGCCUAACAGGACUAGGCGACCAGGAACACAGACCGUUCGUACAUUUUGUCCCCCACCACUUCCAAAGACCGCAGCUGCGACACCCACACCUUUAGUGUCUGAGGCUGGGGCUAACAGUCCAUCAGAAAAACUUGAUAACGAACUUAAAAACUUGGAGCAUUUAUCUUCACUUUCUUCGGAUGAAGAUGAUCCUGGAGUAUGCAGUCAUGAUAUUUACAAAAGCAGCUCUACUACCUUAAAUACUUCAGACGCUACUUCUGAUAAAAAGAAGAAAACAGAAGCCACACAGGUGGCGACUGCUAGCACAACUGCCAUCGCUACUGGUACUGCCGCUACUUCCUCCACCGCUGUGGGUGCAGUUAAGCAAGAAACUCUCUACUCUCCUCCAUCUGCAGCAAAGACCCCAGAAAAUAUAAACUCUUCAGAACCCCCAAAGUCCAUCGAACUUGACGGUCUUCUUUCAGACCAGUUUGCCAAAGGACAGGACACUGUUGCCAUAGAAGGUUUUACAGAUGAGGAGGACCCAGAAAGUGGAGGAGAAGGCCAGUACAGAGAGCGUGAUGAAUUUGUGGUAAAGAUAGAAGACAUAGAGACUUUUAAGGAGUCUUUAAAAACAGGAAAAGAACCCCCAGCUAUUUGGAAAGUACAAAAAGCCUUAUUACAGAAGUUUGUUCCUGAAAUUCGAGAUGGGCAAAGAGAAUUUGCUGCUACAAAUAGUUACCUUGGAUAUUUUGGAGAUGCAAAGAAUAAAUACAAAAGGAUAUAUGUGAAGUUCAUUGAAAACACUAACAAAAAGGAGUAUGUCAGAGUAUGUUCCAAAAAGCCAAGAAAUAAACCUUCACAAACUAUCAGAACUGUUCAGGCUAAGCCAAGUAACAGCAGUAAAACUUCUGAUCCUCCAACACCAAAAACUGCAACAACAAAAGCCCCUUCCAUGAAACCCAAAGUUAAACAGCUAAAAGUAAAGGCUGAGCCACCACCAAAGAAAAGGAAGAAAUGGAAAGAAGAAUUUUCAUCAUCCCAAUCUGACUCAUCUCCUGAGAUCCACUCUAGUAGUAGUGAUGAUGAGGAGUUUAAUCCUCCAGCUCCUUUUGUCACUCGUUUUUUGAACACAAGAGCAAUGAAGGAAACCUUUAAGAGUUACAUGGAAUUGCUUGUCAGCAUUGCUUUGGAUCCUGACACAAUGCAAGCCUUAGAGAAGAGCAAUGAUGAGCUACUUUUGCCUCAUAUGAAAAAAAUAGAUAGCAUGCUGAAUGAUAACCGGAAGAGACUUCUUUUGAAUCUUCAUUUGGAUCAGUCAUUCAAGAAUGCCUUGGAAAGUUUUCCUGAACUAACAAUAAUUACUCGAGACUCUAAAGCAAAAAGUGGGGGAUCUGCUAUUUCUAAAAUCAAAAUGAAUGGCAAAGCUUAUAAUAAAAAAACUCUAAGAACUUCUAAAACAACUACUAAAUCUGCACAAGAGUUUGCUGUUGAUCCAGAGAAAAUACAGUUGUAUUCUUUGUAUCAUUCACUCCAUCAUUAUAAAUAUCAUGUUUAUCUGAUAUGUAAAGAUGAGAUUUCUUCUGUGCAGAAAAAAAAUGAAGAUUUAGGACAGGAAGAAAUUGUUCAGCUUUGUAUGAAAAAUGUUAAAUGGGUAGAAGACCUAUUUGAAAAAUUCGGAGAACUUUUAAAUCAUGUACAGCAGAAAUGUUCCUAACAUUGCCACAAAAAUUCCAUCUUAUUUUCUGCCACUAAUGAGAUAGCAGAGGCAGGUGGUCAAAGGGGGGCUCUGGAGACCUCAGAUAAUUGAAUGUCAAGCAGUGGUCUUGUGUAGGCACACCUGCUUUGACCAUGAACUUGCAUCGUGGCCUCUGCUAAAGGACAGUGGUGCUGCCAAGGAAGUCAGUCCUUUGGAAAUGAACCUGAAUGUCACCGUGUUUUUAUCCUGAUGAAUGAUUUUUCUAUUUUGUAAACCAUUGGGUAACUGAGUUUUAUUUUCAGAAAUGUUUUUUGACAAAUGAUGAAGCAUGCACUAAAUAUAAUUUUUCUUUAUUGCUAGAGAGAUAACACUUAAGUAACUUGAUUAUUUUUUUCCUGACUCUGACCAAACACCAGAAUGAAAGAGAAGUGGCAGAAAGCGUAUGUUUAUCUUCAUGUCUGACCACAAAACGGAAAGUAUUGUACAUUAUGUAAGCAGAUCUGGUGUGAUAUGACAUUCUGUAUGAGAAUAUCAUCAGUUUAAAAAUGUAAAAUUCAGAAACGGCAUUCUGCUUUAUGAACUUUUACUC